UUAUAAUGUGUUAUUAUAUUUAUAAUGUUUUCAUUAUAAGAAUUGCAGGAAUAUAAUGGUUGCAGGAAUGAAAGGGAUACAGAGAUAAUGGGUGCAGGAAUAUAAAGAAUUCAAGGAUAUAAGAAAUACAGAGAUAUGAGGGAUCCAGAAACUUAAGUGAUAUAGGGAUGUAAAGAAUGUUGGGAUGUACGGGAAGAAGCGAUGUAAUGGUUGCGGGUUGAAAGGGGUACAGGAGCUGGUCAAACAGGCACGAUUAUACCGACUGUACUCUCUGCGUGCAGAUCUAACUUCAUCCAGGGGUAUCCGGGACCCCUAAAUAAUGACCCUUUCGAGAACAGGCGUGUCCAGUCUUUUUGUAUCUGUAGGCCACUGCUGCAAGAGUAGAGUUUGGUGUGUGGAGGGCUUGGUGUUCGAUUGGUGAAAUUUGACAGAACGUGAAAGCUGAAAUGAUUUUGCUUUCGUACAUUUAAUUGUUGGUGAAUUAAGUCGGAAAUAAAUCGAGAAGAGUGAAACGAGCUAAUUGAAAUAAAUAUUCAGUGGUGAAGUGAAGGAAGGAACAACUCAACUUGGGAAGAUUUCUCAUUUCGAAUGGAUACACAACCUCUCUACUGAAUGCUGUAGGGAUCUUAGCGAUAUCGUGCCUCUCUAUAUACCACGCGCACUUUAUUUAAAACCAAUUGCGAAAAUAAAUGUGUCCGUUAAUCUUCCCCAAUUAAAAGUUCCAGGUAAAAUUCCUUAAAAAACCGUGAUUAUUUUGUUUUCCUCUGUAUUGUUAUUUUUCGGGAAUGUUGUCAGUUUAAUUCAUUAUCUUGUAAAAUUUUAUUAGCCAUAUGUAUAUAUUCUUGAACUAUCAUUAUUCAGUAUUUAAACUAUUGAGAAUUCAUCCCUAUAACUUAAUCCUCCGAGUUUUUCAGGCAUGGUAGAUAUUGAUAAUAAUAGUAAUAUUCAUUUUUGUAACAGGGAAUAUAUGCAGUUAUGUUAAAUUAUGCGCAAAUCUAUAAAUAUAUAUAAUAUUUUUAGCAUAGUAGGUUUUUACAGAAAAUUAACUGCGAUAUAAACAGGAAAAACGAUAUCAACAUGGGAAGUAAUGGAGAAGAUACGUGCCUUUAUACUACCGGACGAGUUUGCAUCUCUGAAGGUAGCGAAGAGUACGCUGGAAUUUAUCAGAUUGGAAGGAGAUUUACAAGACAGGUGCAGACUGCAGCGUGUACUAGCAAGAUUGGAUUCUCAGCGUUUGAAUCUGUCCGGAUUUCCGAAUGUGUUAAAAGUCCGGGCAGCGGAGGCAAAGGAUGACUUUCCCACCAGACAUAGUUGGGAUUCUUACUUCAGAGAUGCCAAGCAUAUGAACGAAUUGAAGCCUGGAGAAAGGCCUGACACUAUUCAUAUGACAGGAUUGCCUGUUAAAUGGUUCAUAGAGGAUGGUGGAACACUCCCUAGCGAAUCCUUGAUCACUAAAAUCUUUAAGAAAUGGGGAACACUCAGAAGGAUUGAUGUACCUGCUGCUGAUGCUUAUAGAUCUAGAAUGCGUCUUGGCACAAAUAUUAACAAGUUUAGCUAUGAGGAUGGAAUAUUUUUUGAUGCAUACAUUCAAUAUGUCGAAUAUAUGGAUUUUGUUAGAGCUAUGGAUGCUUUACGCGGGAUGAAACUUCUUAAAAAAGAAGGAGAGAAAGCAUUCACAGCUGCCAUUAAGAUCGAUUUUGAUAAAACAAAACAUAUGAGCGAUAGCUCUGUUGCUCACAGAGAAUUCGAAAGAAAACGCCUUAUAGCGCAGGAUACAUUAGCGGCAGAACGACUUCGUCGGAAAGAGGAAGCUGAAGAGAAGCGUCGCGAAGAACAAAAAAAGAAAGAAGAGGCUGAUGCAGCAGCUAAAGAAAUUAGACGACGAAAACGGGAAGAGAAAAGAAAACGUAAAGUUCUGACUAAAUUUCGGAAAAAGGAAGAGGAUAAAGUGUCUAUGAAAAUCGCGAGGGAGGGACAAAAAUUAAUAAAAGCACAAAGGCAACUCGAAAGUAUUCGUCUUUUAGAUGAAUUAUUUGAUAGGAUAAAGAUAAAAGUAGAAAACAAUGAAAUUACAAUAGAGGAAAUAUCGAAUGCGGAUUUAAAAAAGGAUGAGAAGAAGAAUAAUAAAAUAGAUGAUGGCACGGAGGCAUUAAGUUCUGACGAUAAUUCGAAAGAAGGCAAGAAAGACAAGAAAGCGAAAAAAUCGAAGAAGAAGAAGUCGAAAAAGGAGAAAAAGAAAAAGAAAAAACGUAAAAAGGGAAAAGACUCUGAAAACACGGCAAGUCUGAGCGAAGAUUCAGGUGCAGAGGAACAAGUGAAAAAAUUAAAAAGCGUACUGAAACAGAAUGUUGCAUAUCCAUCCUCGUCUACAACUGCCACUUCUUUGGAACCUCUUUCUUACCCGACCCUUUAUCCCCGAUUUCCACAACCAUGGUGUUACGAAGCAGCACUGCCUAUGCUUUAUCCUAGUUUUCCAAGAGGUAUGCCCAGGGGUGGCCGUUUUCUGCGCGGAAGGGGUAGAGGAUUUUCAUGGCGUAACGCUGGAAAUCCUCGCGCAGUACACACGUUUAAUCCUCAUCUAUAUAACGAGCAGUAUUACAAGUACUUCGCUCAUUUAGUAGGUCAGGAUUAUCAUUCUUUCGACUACAGAAGUUCACGGUCGCGUAGCCGUAAGGGUUCGUUGAGUAGAUCCAGGUCGAGAACAAGAUCGAGGUCAAAAUCGCGAUCGAGGUCGAGAUCCAAGUCCGGUUCAAGAUCAAGAUCCAGGUCGCCGAGUAAAUCAAGAUCGAAAUCACGGUCGCGAUCAAAGGUGCGAACCAAAUCGAGAUCGAGAAGCAAGAGACGUAGUAAAAGUAAAAGCAGAUCACGAUCAUCUAGAAGAAGACGAGGCAGAUCGAAAACGAGAUCGAGAUCUUCCUCGAGGGUAAGGUCUCGAUCGCGUCGAUCAAGGUCCAAGAAGAAAUCUCGCUCGAGAAGUCGUUCUAAGGUCCGAAAUAACAUUAGGAGUCGCUACAGACGAAGAAGAGAAAGAUCGAUAUCAAAAGUAAAGAUCACCAGAGCUAAAUCUCGCAGUACGUCGCCUAAGAGAAGAUCUCGCAGCAGAACGUGGUCGAUGCCAAAGUCUCCUGGAAGAAGAAGAAGAAGCUGUUCCUGGUCGAAAGGCGUUGACGCUGUUGAUCGUAAAGCAGAGACUGACAAAUCAUUGCAGACGACAAAAGAAAAAACUGAGAACAAAGAAGCAUCACAAGUAUCUCAUUUAGAGAACAUAACUUCCGACUGACAAGAAUUGAUGACAAUUCUUUCUUUUUUAUGCCUCUGAUCCCAUCGCGUAAGAAGAACCGCGUCGUAAGAACUUGUACAAAGCUUGUAAUCGUAUUCAUGCAUACUAACAUCUGUAGCAUUUAUUUCAUAUAGAUAUACCGUUAGAAGAUAUAGUUUUGUUCAUGCCAUUGUAUUUUCCUUAUUUCAAAUGACAGUUUAGUCACGAUAGGGUAAUCAUAUGAGCAAUUCAUUGAUCUCCGAAGCUUGUCGCAUUAAUUGAUUUUGUAUAUACAUUAAAGCAAUCGACAUUUAAUAAAUCAAUUUAUAACUA